AGACCUCCUUAUAGUGCCACUCCUUAUGUGAUUAUGGGGACCAGUUACAUUUAAACUGCCACAAUGAGUUUUUGUUAAGCUUGGUGAUCUCCCCUUUCCUUUUUUACUUUCCUUUUAAAGCUUCUCACCAAAGGACAUGGAUGAAAAUGAAAACAGUCAGUCUUCAACUACAAGCUAUCAAUAUCCUAAAGAAACAGUAAGGAAGCGCCAAAAUUCAGUACAGAAUUCAGGAGGAAGUGUGUCUUCUAGGUUUUCCAGGAAAAGCUUCAAACUGGAUUAUAGACUAGAAGAAGACGUAACUAAAUCGAAGAAAGGAAAAGAUGGGAGAUUUGUUAACCCAUGGCCGACAUGGAAAAACAUCUCUAUCUCAAAUGUUUUUAGAUGGCUGAUAAUGGAGAAAGACCACAGCAGUGUUCCGGUUUCCAAAGAGGAACUUGACAAAGAACUCCCAGUGCUUAAGCCAUAUUUUAUCAGUGACCCCAAAGAAGCUGGAGUGACAGAGGCUGGCUUGAGAGUCACAUGGUUGGGACACGCAACGCUGAUGGUGGAGAUGGAUGAGCUCAUAUUCCUUACAGAUCCCAUGUUUAGUUCCCGGGCCUCUCCCUCACAGUACAUGGGUCCAAAGCGGUUUUGCGGUCCCCCGUGUACAAUAAGUGAACUCCCCCCAAUAGAUGCUGUUCUUAUUAGUCACAACCACUACGACCACCUGGACUAUGGCUCUGUCCUCGCUUUGAAUGAGCGCUUUGGCAGUGAGCUGAGAUGGUUUGUGCCUCUGGGGCUUCUCGACUGGAUGCAGAAAUGUGGCUGUGAGAACGUGAUUGAGCUGGACUGGUGGGAGGAGAAUUGCGUCCCUGGCCAUGAUAAGGUCACCUUUGUCUUCACACCUUCCCAACACUGGAGUAAAAGGACCCUCAUGGAUGACAACAAGGUUCUGUGGGGCAGCUGGUCUGUGUUGGGGCCUUGGAAUCGAUUCUUCUUUGCGGGGGAUACUGGUUACUGCCCUGCGUUUGAAGAGAUAGGAAAGAGGUUUGGUCCCUUUGACCUGGCAGCUAUUCCCAUUGGAGCUUAUGAGCCAAGGUGGUUUAUGAAAUACCAGCAUGUAGACCCAGAAGAUGCUGUAAGGAUUCAUAUUGAUGUUCAAACCAAGAAAUCUGUGGCAAUUCACUGGGGAACGUUUGCCUUAGCUAAUGAGCAUUACUUAGAACCUCCAGUGAAACUGAAUGAAGCUCUAGAAAGAUAUGGACUUAAAAGUGAAGAUUUCUUUGUCCUGAAGCACGGCGAAUCAAGAUACUUGAAUAAUGAUAAAGCUUUUGAAGAAACAUGAAAAUGGGAAUUUUCAGUGAAAACAAAUAGAAGACUAAGAAACUCUCAAAUACUCUGACAUUUUUCACAUAGAAACAACUUCUGAGCGUGUGUUCUGUUUUGCAUUAUAACUUGCCAAUGAUAAGACUCACUUAUAUAAACUGUGUGAGUCCAGAGAGGGUUAUUUAAAGAAUUGUCCAAUGCAGACUUAAAAAAAAAAACACAUACCAAUGACACAAACAUUGCAAUAUGUUAGUUUUUAUUAAAACACUACAUUUUAGUGGUGGUAGGUUUCUGAGGUGGUGGAAAGCUGACAUUAAGGUUUCAUUUCUUUUUCUGUUAUUCAGGGCUUUCUACAAAGGAGUCAAGCUUACCUACCUACUGAGCUUUUUCAGACACACACACCUUUCUUAUACUCAUAUUGUCAUGAUAAACGUGACUUCCACAUCUGAGUGCACAUUCAGUUUUUGUCAUCAGGAUGAGCUGCUGGUCAUGGUGAUGCAUGCCUACAAGCCCAGCACUCAGAGGAUGAGGCAGAUAGAUCACAAGUUCAAAGCAACCCAAGCUACAGGGAAGACCCUGUCUCAAGAGGAAAUAUAAGCUUACAUGCAAAAUGUUAAGUGAUUUAUUUUGUUAAGCAUGAGAACGUAGGUGUUUGAGCUAAAUUAUCAUUUAAAAUUUUUUAUUGUGGAUAAAUAUACAUUGCAUAAAAUUAUUUUAACUAUAGUGAAAAGAAGCUCCUUGGCAUGAAGUAUUCCAGUUCUUGUACCUCAAUGAGUAACUUUAACUUAAAUUUCUCAGAGGGCAGGCAACAUCUACCCAGCGGCAUGCCCACGUUAAAAGCUCAUGGGUGGAGAAGAGAACAAUGUGGUUUGGAGAUGGAGGAGAAGUUUAAAUUAAGCCAGACACUGCUAGGCACAGUUGCAACUACAGUGGAGUGUCUCACAUAUCCUAAAUUCGAUACCUCAUGUGCUUGGAACUAGGUUUUAUUUUCAUUUUCCAUGAGUGCGCGCGCACACACACACACACACACACACACACUUUUUCCUGUUCUCUCUGAGCUCUAACCCCAAAUAUAUCAGUAAGAUUUGUAAGUAUGUUUUACAUGACUUGGAUGUAUUAUAUAUUUUUAUAUUAAAUAACCUAUAAGCACAAAUGUACCAUUUAGUAAGCCAUUGUGAAAUUACAGGAGUUGUUUUCAA